ACUGGACGCAUGUUUCCUUAUAUACGAUCUACAUUGCUGGUUAGCUUUCUACGUAUACGCGAGAACUUUCUUUGCAGCAACACGACUGACCCUACAUGUGUUCUUCACAGGUCACACUUCUUAGUUCACCUGCGGCCGUCAUUGUUUAUUAAAAACACAGUGUUACACUGAGCAAUGAAUAUUGCCGACCUAAUUCCAAUCGAUCUGAGUAACGAUCGCGACUAUGCGACUACAAGCAAUUCUUCCUUGGACGUCGAGGUGGACAGCAGCAGUGAAAAACAACCGCCAGUAUAUCAGCAGCACAAGAUGCAUGCUCAAUCCGAUCGACAAAAUUUUCCGGCAUCUAGUGUGGAAACACGUGUUCUGCGGUCAUCCAAUCGCACCUGUUGUGCGGAUUCAAUUCCGGAAAGUGUUCUGAAAUUAACUCCACUUACAUCUGCACCCAUGGAUUCAUAUUUGCAGAUCAGUCACGAAAACAGUGCAUCUUCUGUUCUUUCAAUGAAUUAUCUAAAACCGAAUGGCACGGAUUAUGACCGAAAUGAAGGAGCAGAUAGGUAUCAAACUUUUGAUAUCAGUGUACAAAACUACGGUAGAUUAAAUCCCAAUCCGCUCGUACCCAGUGUUGGGAGCUCAAGUGAUAAUAGUGAUCUCCUCAACUCAUAUGAUUCCAAUGUUUGGCGAAAACGAGCGCUCGAAAUCGAAAAAGAUUAUAAAAAGUCAGCAUGUGAUCGUGAAAGAACACGGAUGCGAGAUAUGAAUCGUGCCUUUGAUUUAUUGCGUUCGAAGCUACCGCACUCGAAACCAUCCGGGAAAAAGUAUUCUAAAAUUGAAUGUCUGAGAUUAGCAAUCAAAUAUAUCCGGCAUUUGAAACGUGAACUGAACUAUCCCACGACGCCAUCACCACAGGCUCCAGAUUUUUACUAUGACGUUCCAUUAUACCCUCAGCCUUCGCCGGUUCCGCCUACAGUAGCACCAACAACAAUCGUACAUCUGGACACCAACAAUAACUCUCUGAACCAUAUGCCGACUACACAGCAGAGUUCACAAUGGUUUAUCACGAGUAAUGCAGAAGGCUAUAGUUACUAUUAUUUACCCUAGCAGAAUGUAUUUAUUGUUCUAGCUUUUUGUAAAUAACUAUUAAAUGGUUGGUCAGCUCUGUGGUGCUCGUUUCCAUAUCAGUCGUAACUUCCAUUGUUCCAUCCUCGUGCAAUUUGAAAUUUCUUUUGAUUGAUUUAACAGACGGAUCAUUUGCAAAAGAAAUCCGGCUAAUUGAUUUCGAUUCAAAUUCUAAUGAGUUCUGCGUUGCCAAACCUUCUUCUAGUACUGCAAGACCAAAAUUAUGAGAAACCAUAAAAGCGAGUUGAUUUGUUCCUGGUUUCACUCGCAAGAACCCAGACUCCAGAUGCAUUGGAGCUCCGGAAACAGGAUGACGAGAACGUGCUUCAUAGUUUAACAGAGGCUGUCCAAGCGACUCGAAUUUAAGAAUCUCAUGAUAAGUGAAGUCUUUGAUGGUUGGAAAAUGACCUUUGGCGACUGUCGACUCCCAAGUACCAAUCAGCCAUUGAAUCGGUUUAAGAGCUUCAUGCACUUUCGCCAUGGAUG